AUGUCUAAGUCGGGCAACUUGGCCGCAUUGUCGGCCGUGCUUAAUCCGGCAGAUGUGCCCACAAUAUACUAUGCCGAAGAUGCUCCCUACCUACCACGUAUCCUUGUUUUCUACUCUCCUGUUCAGUCGAUCGGCUCACUGGCCUCCACAUCUCGAAUCCGAACUACCAUUCUCAGCGCCGCAGGAUUCAAGAGCUUUGGAGCAUUCUCGGUUGCUCCUAACAGCAGUUACUACUCUGCGGUACACAAGCUUCCGGAGGACAAACAACGAGACGAUGUAUCUCGAGGAAUUGCUUUCGCUCUGUGCAGAUAUUUCUCGGAGAUUCCAACCGAGGUCAAGAAUGCCAUCGCUGACGAAAAUCAACACCACGGACUCACACCCAAAUGGGGCCAAACACACGCCGCACAGGUCACUUGUCGUAUGAGCAGAGUGCUAAAUACUGAUGAAGUUCUUGAUGCUCUUCGUCCUUUCUCCAAAGAGCGCCCUCCGAGCCCAGUCACUCCUGUCAGACCACUGGCUUCCAUCAGAAAAACUAGACCUUCGUUUCACCCGGCAGACGCAGGCAACUACUCAGCUAGGAAUGGAUACGUCCAGACCCCGUCAAAACGAAUCCCCAGCGGUCAAUCGAGGAGGACGCCAUCCAUCUCCACAUCCACGCCAUCGAAUCGAAAGCCCAGUUCGGCACCCACAACCAAUCAAUCCUUGGAACAGCUGGAGUCUAUGCGUUUCAAAAUGUGCGAGUUUGUCGAUACAGAAGAUCGAUACAUCACCAGGCUACGGGAACUUACGGACUUGGUUACUAACCAGGGUAGAACCCCCAAAUCUAUCAGCACCAAAUUCUCGGAUUCUCGCAGUCAAAAGGCGGUCAAUGCGAUGAUCCAUUUCCCGUCACUGCUGGAUCAAAUCAAAGAUUUGAAUCUUGCCUUUUUGGAUGACAUCGAAUCUGCGCUGCAGAAUUCCGAAGAGUCUGCUUUGCAGUUUCUCGACGAGGCUCAAGCCAAUCCUACACUUUUCCAGAACGCGAAAGACCCAAUGGGUAUCUACACCUUUGCAAAAGUCCUUCUGAACCAUUUCCCAAAGUUCCCGAUGCCAUACAGGGAAUAUCUUGACCUUCAUUCUCAAAUCUCCUCCAAUCUGGACCAGUAUCUGAAGGAAGGAACCUAUUCCAUUCAACAAGCCCCAUCUCUGCUUAUGGAGCCAGCACAGCGAAUAUCUAGAUACGGUCUUUACAUUGACACCAUACUUCCUCAUGUCCCGACCAAUUUCACUGCAGCCAUAAGAACUUUGGAAAAGGCGCGAAAGAUCAUCGCCGAGAUUUGCGAAAUGGAACCUGCAGCAUCGACUAUUCUCGAUUCCUUACGGAUCGAGCAUGAAACAAGACGAGGAGGUCUUUCUCCAACAAAAUUGCUUUCGGGUUUGACCCGAACAAAUAGCACCAUUCGCAAGGCUCCUGCCCUGACAGGUAGCAUGCGCGAGAAGGAGAAACCUCGGUUCUUCCCUAGCCUUGGGCGAAGUCUAAGCCGAAGACAAAAGAAUACCAGACCUGGUUUGGCGGGAAUCCUGUCUGAGCAAGAUCCAGACCAGGCCAGUAACAUAAGUGGUAGUCUAACACUGGGGCGAUUACACAAUGACGAAAACAGACCGUUGACAUCGAGCUCGGCUCUGUCAUUUGGCUCAAUCUCCAAGCGGCCGCCAACAUCAGGGUCGAUUGUUACCAAUCGUUCGGCGCCGAGCCCCGGUCCUAAUCUUCCAGUGUUGGGUGAAAACAAACUAGGUCAAAGCUCGCAAGGUCGUUCUGGUUCGACUCAGGCGUCGGGUGACGUAAAUGUUGAACAAUACAAGGCAGCAUUGAUGCAGGUAGAAGAAGAGAAUUACAAGCUUCUUGCAGAGAAUGCGGAACUGAAGAGACAGAUACGUGAGUGCAAAUGUGGUGGCGCUGUGAGGAGAUGA